AUGGCCAAAGAUAAGAUCAACCCUGUCUCACAUUCGUGUCCACAACCCGCUACAUCCAAACAACUUUCUACUCUCCAGCUCGUCCUAAUAUUCGUAUCAUUGGUCAUGGAUAUUGUUUUUGGCUACCUAGCGAAUGAAAUCUGGCUGCGGGAUUAUGCAAGGGAACAUGAAUACUCCAUCGAUUCUGAUUCUGCAUAUCUUGCUAGAUAUCACGAGUCAUCCCAUCCCUUCGUCAUUCGACUCGACGAGCUCGAAGGCAUGCGCGAAGCUGCGCGUAAUCUUAUCGCUCAGUCAGGCAUUCAUGCCAGCCUGAAAACGGUAUGGAUCUCCAACUGCAAGUCAUGUUUCUGCUGGUCGAUUCCCCAAACUUUUCGAGCCGAUAGACGAACCCCCCAGACCAGUGAAUGCUUAGAGCGCUUCAAGAACCUCGUUGGUGCAAAGGGCGAGCCAUCCUAUUGGACCACCAUCGAUGGGGAUGUGCCGGAGAACAUGCUGCAUCAGGCGAAGCCAAAGAAGGAACACUGGCAGAUGUCUCUGGAAUCAUUUGAUGGUGGCCGGAUGCCGAUCAAGUAUAUCGGUGCCUUGACAGAAAAGGAUCCUGACAAGGUCGAACGCACGCUUGCGCGUCAACGUGCAAAUGACCUGAGGCCUUUCUUUACAGCGGACGACUUCCUAGACAUGUAUAAUAAUUGGCGAGGAGUCAGGUCUGGCUGUGGAAUCUGGCGCAAAAUCUCCAACGCUGAAGUACAAAUUGGCAUUGAGGACGAAGAGGAGAUCCUGUUUCAGAUGAACAAGGAGCGUGUCUCAGCAGUCGCCUUGGAACAAUGGAUAUGGGCGGAGAAUCAGCUGGUUGCAGAUUCCGGUAUAUCGACCUCUCCCUCGCACGCAGUAUUAGCAUACUGA